UAUAUAAAGUACAGAAGGCAGACGUGGAGCCACUGACAGAACAGUGCAAGUGGUAUGCUUUUGCGCUCCUUCGUAAAAGAGGUAACUUGUAUCCAAACUUACGCAGUUGCCACUGUGUCGCUUUUUGGAACUUUUUCCUUGACCAAGGAAUAUUCAAUUUUGUGAAAAGGUUGUUCUUUCUGGACUGAAGAAAUAUCAAGAUGGAUUUAAGAAUAUUUUUCUCCGUGUUGUCAAUUGUGUACUCUGGAAUUGUACAAACAGUUACAUCUGCCCCUAUGGUAAAAGAAACAGCGGUAGCCACCCCAGCCACCCCGGUGCCAGUGCGCCACAUCAGGAACAAGCGAUGCUCCUGCGCAACGUUCCUAGACAAGGAGUGCGUUUACUUCUGUCACCUGGACAUCAUAUGGGUCAACACGCCUGAGCGCGUGGUUUCCUACGGACUGGGCAACGCAUCUAGAAAGAAGCGCGCAAUCAAGGAUCCGGAGGUCUCCCAACAGGACCCUCGAUGUAAGUGCGUCAGCGAAGAUGACGGCACGUGUAUAAGAUUCUGUCAGCUGGAAAAUCACCUCAGAUACGGGACAGCAGCAGUGAUCCGUCCCGCGUCAGACACAGUGAUCCGUCGUGUGCCAGACACCGUGAUCCGGCCUGCGUCAGACACAGUGAUCCGUCCCGUGCCAGACACCGUGAUCCGUCCCGUGCCAGACACCGCGAUCCGUCCUGUGCCAGACACCGUGAUCAGUCGCGUGCCAGACACCGUGAUCCGUCCCACCCUUGCUGAGUAUGCUUGGAGGCGGCAGUGCAAACUCAAGCUGGCAGCCAAAACGUCUAGGAUUCAAAGGGUGAAACACAGAGACCACAAAGCAGUUGGCCCCUCAGCUCUAAGGGCCACAGUGAAAGCUUGCCUGCUGCUGGAGAAGUGGAUGGUGAAACAACGACACAAGCCAAGAGAAGGGAGAUGAGAAGAGAGAUGAGGAGAGAGAUGAGGAUACACAGGCACACCUUGUGGGAGAUGUCCACAUACUCUGUCACACUCACAGAGGGUAGAGAUCCAUCCAUCUCUUUCUAUCCACCUGCCAUUGGGGACUCAUAUGCUGUGGUCCCUGGAGAUGCAUUGGAUUCUCCACAGGAAGCCUGCCACUGGACCCCCAUGUUGGCUCAAUGGUGUGCGUCAUGAAAGGGGAUGAAUGACUGUGCUGGUGGGUGCCGCGUCCAGUCUCUCCACUGAACGUGUCCCUCUUCAUCAGUGAGAUGCAGACGGUCGGAGAUACAAGCAGGAGAAAUCAGAGGAACAGGUGUCAACGUUACUGACACCACAUCCUGAAGACAAGGAUGGACACUUGAUGGUCCUCCCAUGUACUGUCUGUGGACACACCCUUUGGACUUCAACUGCAACCUUCAAACAGAGCUUCAGAUCAUAUCUGAUGACUUGAAUGACUGAAACUUGAAUCUCUACAUUCCUUUGACUGUCACUGGGUUUGAGACACCGGGCUACUUCACACAACGGCGUCAGAAGCACUGUUGCUGCUAGCCUGUCCAAAGCUCUUGUGUCUGCUCUUUUCAAGGAAAUGUUGGAUUCAAAGAAGAUCACAAUCUCAUAGACUUAUUGAAUUGACUCUAUGGCCCGACUCUAUGGCCCGGCUCUAUGGCCCGGCUCUAUGGCCCGGCUCUAUGGCCCGGCUCUAUGGCCCGGCUCUAUGGCCCGGCUCUAUGGCCCGGCUCUAUGGCCCGGCUCUAUGGCCCGGCUCUAUGGCCCGACUCUAUGGCCCGGCUCUAUGGCCCGGCUCUAUGGCCCGGCUCUAUGGCCCGGCUCUAUGGCCCGGCUCUAUGGCCCGGCAUAAGUAACUCAACAGAUUGAUUCCAGGUGUUGUCAUAGUUUGACGGAGGUUUCUCACCUUUGACAGACCUAACCUUUCCAAAUGAUUCAUUAGAACUUGGGAGUUUUCUGCUAAUAUUGAUUUCUGUCUCUGUUUGGCUGAGAUUUCUCUAUACACAUUGUAUAAUAAUGAAUCACUAUAUAUUUAAUACACACUGUAUAAUAAUGAAUCACUAUAUAUUUAAUACACACUGUAUAAUAAUGAAUCACUAUAAAUGUAAUACACAUUGUAUAAGAAUUAAUUAUUAUAUAUUUAUACACAUUGUAUAAUAAUUCAUCACUAUAUAUUUAAUGCACAUUGUUCUGUCCCUAUGUCUUAUUUAUUGCAUUCAUUUAUAGUCAUAUUGGCCCAUGAUAUGAUAAUAUGUUGUAUGUCAUUUCUGUGAAAUCAUUUUGUCGCCAAGAUAGUUUUGGCAAAACUUAGGGAAAUAAAUGG